UCUCUGGGGUGGCCGCUUCCCACCCCGUGGUGCAGGACCCUGCCGCCACCUCCCCGGUGCUGUGUCCGUCCAUCUUCCCCAUCGCUGCCGGUGGCCGUUCGCCUCUGUUUUAGCUGUUUUUUUCCCGGCUUCCCCCUGUGCUGCAGGCUGGGAAUGGUACGGUCCUCCUCCCUCCAGCGCCCGUUGCUCCGUGGAUGUUGCUAGAAGGUGAAGGCAUCAGCGCAGGCUGUGGAAGCUGCAGCGGUUGCAGCCAGAGCCGAGACAUCCCGGGAGAGGGGGUGGAAGGGAGCCGGCGAGGAGACUGGUGCUCAGCUACGGCCCUUUCCCUCCUGCUGCUGCUUGCAGGGUCGGGCAGCAUCAUCGUUAGCCAGGAGCCAUGACCCAGGGGAAGCUCUCUGUGAACAACAAACCCCCCAACUCCGAGGGGCAAGGGGAGAAGAAGGACAAUGUCACGGCUCCACCAGCUCCUCCGACCUAUGAGGAGGCAACAGCGGGAGAAGGGAUGAAGUCUGGUGCUUACCCUCCUCCUCCAUCGGUCCCACUCCACCCCAGCUGGGCUUAUGUCGACCCCAGCACGAGCCCGAGCUAUGGCAGUGGUGGGUACCCAGGGGACAUGGAGAUGCUCACGACCUUCAGCUGGGAUGACAGGAAUGUGCGCAGAGUGUUCAUCAGGAAGGUUUAUGCCAUCCUGAUGGUCCAGCUCUUGGUCACGGUUGUUAUUGUGGCUUUCUUCACCUUCUGUGAGCCGGUCAAGGGGUAUAUUCAGACACACUCUGCCUGGUAUUGGGCUUCCUAUGCUGUUUUCUUUGUGACCUACUUGAUUCUUGCUUGCUGCUCCGGACCCAGGAGGUAUUUCCCAUGGAAUCUGAUCCUGCUGAGCAUCUUUACACUCUCCAUGGCUUAUCUCACUGGGAUGCUCUCCAGUUACUACAAUACCAAGUCAGUCCUUCUGUGUCUGGGGAUCACAGCCCUGGUGUGUCUGUCUGUCACGAUCUUCAGCUUCCAGACCAAGUUUGACUUCACCUCCUACCAGGGCGUCCUCUUCGUGAUGCUCAUGGUGCUUUUCUUUGGUGGCAUCAUCCUGGCUGUGAUACUGCCCUACCAAUAUGUCCCUUGGCUCCACGCGAUCUAUGCUCUGCUUGGUGCCAUUAUCUUUACUAUGUUCCUGGCAUUUGAUACCCAGAUGCUGAUGGGGAAUCGUCGGUACUCGCUGAACCCAGAGGAAUACAUCUUUGGAGCCCUCAAUAUCUAUCUGGACAUCAUCUACAUCUUCUCCUUCUUCCUCCAGUUCUUUGGCUCCAGCCAGGAGUGAGUGCAGCAAGGCAGUAUCUUCUCUUUGCUGGCAAGAUGCAAGUGUUUGAAAAAAUAUUAAAAGAGGAGGAAAAGAGGGUUAAAAAAACCAAACAAAACCAAACCCACCCUUUCUGGCCCACUAGCAGGCUCCGUUCAAUCAGCUGAGCAAAGCCCCUGGGCUCCUUAUGCAGCUUGUAUAUAUGCUGUUAGGCCUUUGUGACCCAGAAAGCAAAGCAGGGCUUAAGUGUUAUGUCUCUUCUGCUCCCUCCACUCCCACUGAGAUCAAACCAGACCAGAGAUUGGGAGGCAUGAGACCAAGAUCUUCUUUUCCCCAGAGGCUGUCAGAGUUGCCUGUCUGCAUCCUGCAUGUCAUGGGAUGUCAAAGUGCUGAGAACAGCUCUGCAAAGGGAAAAUAUCAUUAAGGGGAGAAGAGUAGGGAAUUUUGCUAGGAUCCUGGCAGGAAAACCAGCUGAACAAAGGGGGGACAAGGAUUUCCCUAGCCUUUUCCCCUGUUUCUCUCCUGCAUUCAUUUGGAGCCUUGUGGCCUCUGCAGAGAUAUAUUCCUGAUAGUGCCUGCUUUUAGAAGUGCAGAGCACGGGAUCACGUAGUCUGGAUGUCCCAGCAAUCAGUCCUCCAGGCACAAGGGAACCUGUUGUUCAGGACGUGCAGCCUCUUUGAGGACAUCCCUAAUGCCCCUGCAGGAAGAAUUCUUCUGUAUCCUUUGCACCUGGCUGUGGGGCUGAGUAUGUGCUUUCUUUCCUUCCCAGAGCAGGAUAGCAGGACCAUCGGCUGUGGGCUCACCUCCCCACCCAAGGGGGACAUGUAUGUCAGUUCUCUCUGAAGUGUGACUUUUCACUUGGGAGGGUUGUGAUCCCAUGUAAGGAUUGUUGGCAGAGAAGAGAUGAAAGAGGCUGAUCUUCAGAGCCUGUGCAAAGCCAGGCACUCUCUGAUGUGGGAAACGGGUGGCUGAGAUCCUCUGACCCAUUAUAAGGAUCUGAUGCCUUCACAAAAUUGUCUUGGUUGCUUGAGAUUAAUGGUCCUAAGUGGUUACUACCCAGAGACUGAGGCCAGGGUGAAUGCCUGUUGCUCAAAAUGGGUACUGCUUUGUAGCAAACACCGAUGUGGUCUCUUGCUCUGGCCAUUUUCCAGUUUUGCUCCCCCAAACGGGGAUGUCGGUGAGAGCACUGGAUACCUCCGAGUGCUCAGGUAACUUUCCAUCUUCCCCUUGCUCGCAUUCCCCUGUUUGGGGAUUAGCUGGCUAAUUUCUAACUGUAAAGCUCCAGGUGGAGAUAAGAGGCCUUUUGCUCUUAUUUAAAAAGUGAUCCUUCCUGCUGAUAGAAACCUGUAUCUUCAAUCUCUCUGGGAAUGCCAGGGCAAGUGCGUCACUGAGCUGCCUCUAGCAAUCCCUGCGUGUUAGAGAGAGGCUAUGCCAAAAUGCUCCGUACUGCACAUUCCUCCUCUGCUGCUGCCCUGGCUUUUACCCUUCACAUGUUUUAUCCUCCCACCACACGUGUUCAAUGCCCCGAGCUGGGCAGAGAAAAGUUGUUGUGUAGAGGGUAAAAAUGCUUCAGCCCCUCUGUGGCUGCACUGACCUUGUCCAUGAUCACACAGGAGCACAACUGAUGCUUUCCACUUUACCUUCCUCCCCCAAACAAACAAAAAGAUCCCAAAGCCAAAAUCUUUUUAGGGAUAAAGGAAACUAUUAAGUGAUGACAGCAUUAAGUUCAUGAUCCACUGAUUUCUGCAGUGCAUUGCAGAGAAGAAACAAGGGCCUUGAAUUGCUGAGUGGGCAGAACUGGGAGAGAGGACAGCAUGGGAGGUAUUCUAAAAGUUUAUGAAAUAGGAAUUUAAAGAGGGAAUUUUCUGGCUCAGACCCAUGUAGGCACUUCUGAAAUAUCUUAGCAGACUGGCUGUGCAGGCUUUUUUUUUUUUUUUUUUUUUUUUUUUGCUCACAGCAAAAGGCCUUGUAGGUAUUUCUACUUUCCAGCUUUUGAGGAGGGAUUGUGGAGUUAUGUGAUGAGUUCUGACUCUGAAAUUGUCCUAAAAGUCCUUCUCUGGAGGACAACCUAGACCAGAGCUCCGCAGCCCUCCUUUUUGCACCAGGACUCCUCCACACUGGCUCUGCAUACCCUGGGACCCUGGGGAGGAGAACAUGGAUCUGCAGCCCACUCUGGAUCUCUUGCUCUUUUUCCUUCUGGUGUGGAGUAACUUUGCUGCUGCCUGAGCUGCUGCUAUGUCCUGGCUUUCUGCUCCUGCGUGGGAAAAGCUUGCAUGGCACCUGCUCCAUCUCCAGGCCAUUUGAGUGGGGAUGGCUCGCUGCCCGCCUAUGCCCCUCCACAGGGCUCCCUUCUUGCAUGUGUCCUGGUCCCUCUUCUGCGCUGACCCCGUGGCUUGCAGUGCAUCCAAGCCAGACCUACCGAAAGCACUCAGACUGAAGCAGUAACAUGUUCAUGCUCAGAGAGGUGGAAGUCCUCAUGAGGCCGAGUAACACAAGAUUAGUAGUGGGAUAUAGCUAUAGGCAUGUUCCUUCUGGGUUCCCCAACCAUCUGCGCAGGGCACGUGCAGGUCUGCUUCUCUUCCUCUGUGUGGAUGUCCCUUACCUGAGGUGUGCAUCAUCCAGACCCUGGCUCUGUAUCCCCCUGCUCCUUUUGUCUGACCAUUCUUAUGAUUUCAUUGUAAAUAGGAUUUUGUAUUUUCUCUGAACAUUGCUAAUAAAUUGUUGCAAAACUGUUAA